AUGUUAAUGUGUGACACCAGCAGCUGCCGUUUGUGUUUCCGGCGGAGCUUUAAGGAGGACGGACGGCGGCGCAGCGCGACUUUGUCAACGUUUGUGCCGGUCGAAGGCGACUUCGUGAACGUUUUGCAGUGUCGGCCGGUCAUGAAGUUUCGUGGGAAGAUUGUGGACGUGGCCUGUCUCGGCCGUUUCACUCGAGUGGUGAGCACCAUCGCCAAGCUGACCAAGACGUGCGUGCUGCGUCUGACGCCCGACCGGCUUUUCUUCGUCCUCUGCGGCAAAGUGGCCGACGGAGGCGUGGCCGUGUGGUGCGAGCUCGCCCAGGCCAACAUCUUUGACGAGUACCAGUUGGAGGGCGUGAGCUCCCAGGACAACGAGAUUUGUCUGGAGGUGACGCCGGAGAACGUCUUUCGCGCCCUCAGGACCGUCCAGAACGCCAAAAGCGUCAAAGUCAAGCUGACCAAGAAGCACUGCCCCUGCCUCACCGUCGGCGCCGAGCUGCCGACCGCGUCGAGCGUCAGCCGCGUGGUGACGCACGACGUCCCCGUGGACGUGGUCCCCCGACGACUGUGGCACGAGUUCAAAGAGCCCGCCGUGCCCGACUUUGACGUGAGCGUCUACCUGCCGCCUCUGAAGACCAUGAAGAACGUCGUGGACAGGAUGAAGAACCUCUCCAACUUCCUGGUGGUCGAGGCCAACCUGAGCGGCGAGAUGACCCUGAAGAUCGAGACGGACCUCGUGUCCGUCACCACUCACUUCAGAGACCUGGGAAAUCCUCAGUGGGGUGACCCCGCCUCGCGAGAUGGCGGGCGGCGGCGUGACGCCGACUCCGUGGCGCAGGCUCGCGUGGACAUUAGGAAGCUGCAGCAGUUCCUGGCGGGUCAGCAGGUCAACCCCAGCAGGGCCAUGUGCAACAUCGGCCACCAGAGGGUGCUGCACCUGAUCCUGCUCCACGAGGGCGUUUCUCUGCAGUACUUCAUUCCCGCCGUGGCCUAGACGCUCGCAGCCCCGAAAACAGCCGGCCGUCACAAAGAGGACAAAACGAUGGCGAAGGUCACAUGCGGACCUUGGAAAAGUUCCUACUUGUCAUAUUAAUAUGAUCAUGAAAUGUUUGCACCGCUCAGUCAAGAGUGUACCUAAUGAAAUGUCUGCUGUGCGCAUUGGACAUGAUUUCGUUUCAUGAAUGUUUGUGAAUUAAAAAUUUGCCGCUCGCGUGCGGCUUCGGCGGCUUUUGGGCCAGUGUUUCCAUGGCAACGGUUGGGCUUUGCAGACUCCCUCCGCCGCUCGACCGGUCCACAUUUUCGCCUGACUGUCGUAGACUUCUUCUUUCUCUUCUUCCUCUCGGUUGUUUAAGUAGGAAUCAAACAUCUGGCGCCUCGCGUACAAAGACUUUGCGGAUUUUGUCGGCGCACGCUCAAAUCCGGAAAACAAAAAUAUCCGGAUGUACGAAUCUGCGCACAUUUCCUUGGCGCAUCCCAAUCGACGUGGAAUGCCGACGCCGCCCUGUCCGCGGCCACGUUUAAAUAUGCAAAUCCCAUUUGAAUGAACCCUGCACCUGAGAUCCCGAAAUCGUGAAGUUGCUCCGUGGCGCGCAAGAAAGUCCUCUUUUGGGCCCGCUGCCCACCGCCGUUAACAACGCGCGAAAGCGGUUCGUUCGAGACACCGCUUGCUUCACAAGUUACCAAGUCGGAGUCGUUGCCGCCGUUACAUUGCGGGAGUCGGCCAGGAAAGGUUCCAUCAGUGCAAUUCGUUGGCGCGUGUCCGACGUGCACGUGUACGAGAACACUUUGCCGGCGUCAUCUCGAAGUGUCGCCGACGGCCGCGGUCGCGUGCGUACGCCAGCCGCGACGUUGGCGUGAGGCGGCGCACGUGUCCACGCUCAUGUCGCUCGAGAUACAUCGGAACUUUGCCGCGAAAAAGAACGGACGCCGCGUUUUUGUGGCUAAGCUGCUGGAAGAAAAUGGAAGGAUGAUGAUGAUGAUGAUAAUCAUAGUCCAUUACAAACAUUCGUUCCUAAUUCUUCAUUUGUUGAGCUGCUAAUGAAAGACGGAUUGAAAAACUGUUAAUGACAUGACAAUAUGUAGUUGAGGAAUCAAUGAUUGAUCAUCAUCAGUUCAUGAGUUAUUCAUCAUCACGAUGAUAAUUGAUGUUUUUCUCAAUGUAGUUGAUCAACUUUUCAUGUGAAAUAGAAAUAAAAGUUGCUUCAUGAUCUUU